AUGCUAUCGACGAUGCAGGAUGAGGAAAACAUGAUAUUUCCAGACAUUUCGCGCAACUAUAAAAGUCACGAUUGGCUUUGUGAAAGGGCAAUUCUAGCUCCGAAGAAUGAUGACAUCAAUAAGAUCAAUAAUCGGAUUCAGUUGCAUCUUCCUACAAAACUAACCAGAUAUAAAUCGAUCGACACAGUAACAGACGACGAUCAAUCUGUAAACUAUCCAAUCGAGUUCCUGAACUCAUUGGAGCCAUCUGGACUUCCACCGCACAUUUUGAACUUGAAGGUUGGGGCACCGAUCAUCCUCCUUCGAAAUUUGGACCCGCCGAAAUUGUGCAACG